CUUCGGGCUUCCUCGGCGCGUGAUUGACCGCCGCCCCGGCCGGCCCGGAGGAGACGGGGGAGGCGGAGGAGGCGCCCGCCGGAGCCGCCCAACGGGCGGACGAAUCCCCUGCUGCCUGGGAAACCAGUGAUUGGGAUGAGACUCUCGUUUUAUAGGUCAGGCUGGCCUUGAAUUCACUGUGUAGCCCAGGCUGGAUCAAACUCACAGCAACUCUCCUGCCUCAGUGCUAGGACGACAGGAAUCUUCGAAACCCAUCUCAAUUCUAUGGUUACAAAAUCCAACAAUGCUUCCAUGCCCUGGGAUCUAUUACCUCCCCUGGGAGGUUGCCACUGGUCAUGUUCCCGAGGGAGGCGCGCUGCGCACAUUUGGCAGGUUGCACCUAUACGACGUGACGCAGUCCCGGGUGACCCUCACGGCUCAGCACGGAUCUGACCAGCACCAGGUUCUUGUGUCUACUGAGUUGGUGGAACCCUUCCAGGCCCAGGUGGGCUCCCUGUACAUGGUCCUUGGUGAUCUCGAGCAUCAGGAUGAUGGAGGCUCUGUGGUGAAGGCCCGUGUGCUGACCUGUGUGGAGGGGAUGAGUCUGCAUAUGUUGGAACAAGCCAUCCAGAAACAGAGGCUGUACCAGCACGAGCAGGGGAGCAGCCAGUAGGAAACAGCAGCACCAGGCACCCCACACACACCCCCGCUCCGGAAGCCGAACCUCCAGAACUGCUGACCGGCCGCCGCCGAGUGUGGCCACUUCCCCGAGUGACAGCCACUCAUCUGAAACCAAAGAGAGGGCUGAUAGUUAAUAAAGCCCUGCCUCAGGGUGGAGGUUUAGCUCAGUGGCAUAAGUGUCUGCCUUGCAAGCAGGCAGUCGUGAGUUCGAUCCCCGGUACCAAUAAAAAGGAAAAAGACAGGAAAAAAAAAAAAAAGCCCUGCGCCUAAUUUGGAUUGUACCAGAAAUGAGAGCCUGGAGAGCCAGUGUCACACCCCACACAGGUGGCUACAGGUAGCUGAGCUCCAGACCCCAGGGCUGUGCUUCUGGGGCAUCAUGGAAGGUUCCAGAAGGUCCUCAUGAAUAAAGGUCUGUGGCUGAC